CGCCGUGUUGUUAAUUCUCUACGCUUGACAGCUGCUUUCAUUGUUAGAGCACACAAAACGAACUGUUUCUGCAUUGUUCAGGUGAAAAACUCACCUUAUGGCAGCACUGAAAUACGCAGGUAUGGACGAUACAGACAGUGACGAUGAGUUACCUCCUGGAUGGGAGGAGAGGUCUACGAAAGAUGGAUGGGUCUAUUAUGCAAACCAUGAUGAGAUGAAGACACAGUGGGAGCACCCUAAGACAGGAAAGAAAAAACGUUGUGCUGGAGAUUUGCCAUAUGGUUGGGAGCAAGAAACUGAUGAAAAAGGGCAGAUAAUUUAUGUCGAUCACAUCAAUAAGCGAACCACAUAUUUUGACCCACGCCAAGCAUUUACAGUAGAGGAUGUGGUGGUGAAGCCGAAAAGAUAUGAUGGAAAUACUUCUGCUCUAGAGAUCCUGCAGGGUCGCGACCUUUCUGACAAGGUAGUCCUCAUUACAGGGGGCAACUCCGGCAUCGGCCUUGAGACAGCCAAGUCGUUUGCUCUUCAUGGUGCCCAUGUGAUCCUGGCGUGUCGAAACCUGUCCCGGGCCAGCAAGGCAGUGAAUCUGAUACAGCAGGAGUGGCACAAAGCAAGAGUAGAAACCAUGAUGUGUGACCUGGCCUCUCUCCGCAGCGUCAGGGAGUUUGCUGAGUCUUUCAAGGCCAAGAAGCUGCCUGUGCACAUAUUGGUGUGUAAUGCAGGGGUUUGCACUCAACCAUGGAGCUUGACGGAGGAUGGUCUGGAGUCCACCUUCCAGAUCUGCCAUCUGGGUCACUUCCUGCUGGUCCAGUGCUUACAGGACGUACUGCGUCGCUCAGCCCCUGCCCGUGUUGUGGUGGUGUCUUCAGAGUCCCACAGGUUCACAGACCUGUUAGACUCGUGUGGUAAGGUGGAUUUGGCCCUGUUGUCUCCACCAAGGAAGGAGUACUGGUCCAUGCUGGCUUACAAUCGGGCCAAACUCUGUAACAUUCUCUUCAGCAAUGAGCUCCAUCGCCGUCUCUCACCUCAUGGCAUCACCUCCAACACGGUGCAUCCUGGGAACAUGAUGUAUACCUCCAUUCACCGGAGCUGGUGGCUGAUGUCCUUUCUCUUCAUGCUGGCCAGACCUUUCACCAAGUCUAUGCAACAAGGUGCAGCCACCACGGUGUACUGUGCCAUAGCUCCAGAGCUGGAGGGGUUAGGCGGCAUGUACUUCAACAACUGCUUCCGCUGCCUUCCGUCCAUCCAGGCCCAGGACCAGAGCAGCGCUGCCAGGCUGUGGGAGCUGAGCGAGCGCCUGGUUGCAGAGAGGCCCGCAGGCAUACAGGCCCUCUGAUGGACGGAG